UUUUAAUAUAUAGACUACAUGUUAUGAUGUUUUAAUAUAUAGAUUACAUGUUAUGAUGUUUAAUGUAGACUACAUGUUAUAAUGUUUAAUGUAGACUACAUGUUAUGAUGUUUAAUAUAUAGACUACAUGUUAUGAUGUUUAAUAUAUAGACUACAUGUUAUGUUUAAUGCAUUAUCACCUGUAGUAACCACCUGUAGUGACGGCACAAACACCUCCUUUCAUCAUCAGUCUGAGGACAGCUCUGGGUCUGUUACUCACAUACACUGCCUCACACUCACAUAUGCACUUCAUUACUGAUUACUGAUGCCACACAUUUGUUUAAUUGAACUCAUGUUUUUGUUAAUGAAGUAUUAUUCUCGUUGUUUUGUUUCCUGUUGUGUGGCAGCUGUUGAUCGGGGCUGUGACUCUCACUCCAGCUGAAUCCAGUUAUUACAAUGACAGACAAAGACAGUCUCACCAUUUUGCUUCAUUGCCUUUUGUAAUAAAAUAUAUUUUCUCUUGAACCCGAAUGUGAAUAAUAUCGGUGGUGUUUAAAACAUGUUUUAUACCAGUUAACAGCCAGCAAACAUUUUGGAAAAUGGCUGCUACGGCCCAAUAUCCAUAUGUCUUUUAAAUGUAGUAAACUAUAUAGGGACUGACUGAGAUGCACUGAAUAAUAUGAGAUGAUAUUAUUGAUAUCCUAAUAAUGAUUUUAUUCAUUAAAGACUCGUGCUCUCAUUCUGCAGACAUCUGUCUCUCCUCCAGAUGGUGAUGGUCCAGUUUGAAACAAACUAAGGUCUUACCUUCAAAAUGGACACUGCUAAAGAGACUGAAAAUGAUCCUGACGGGUCGCAGCUGCCUCCAUUGUCCUGUCUGUCCAUGAAAAGUGGUGCCUCCAUGGAGUAUCCUCUGUGCUUCAGAAAACACGCUGCUGCUGCUGCUGCUGCUGGCUCAGCAGAUUUUGAUAAAUCAGGCCUCCCUGCCUCGUCCUGUCUGUCCUUGAAAAGUGAUGCUUCGAUGGAGUAUCCUCUGCACUUCAAAAUGGACACUGCUGAUGGCUCAGUUAAUUUUGACAAAUCAGACUUUCCUGCGUCGUCCUGUCUGUCUGUGAAAAGUGAUGCCUCCAUGGAGUAUCCUCUGCACUUCAAAAAAGACGCCACUGAUGGGGACCAACAGGACGGUUCAGGAUCAACAGAGAUGGAUGGAAACACCAUAUUUAAACUGGUGGAAGAAUACAGUAAGAAGAUUUUGCUACGUGAGCUGAACAGAUAUAAAAAGAUUCUCUUCCCACAUCUGUCACAACCUUCAGAGUGUGACGGGCAGGACAAAGACAGUUUGACGACUGAAAACAAAAAGGAAGACAGCAGUGCCAGUGAAGGAGCUCUGAAGAUCGCUCUACAUGCCUUAAAGGAAAUGAACCAAAGAGAACUCGCUAACCAACUGGAGAAGCACAUUUAUGGCGAGCUCGAUGUCUGCCAGCGCAGACUCCGACACAGACUGAAGAAGUUUGAAUACAUUUAUGAGGGCGUGGCUCAACAAGGCACCCAGACACUUCUCAACAAGGUGUAUACUGAGCUCUACAUCACAGAGGGAGUCAGUGGGACUGUUAAUAAUGAACAUGAGGUCCAGCAGAUUGAGGCUGCGACCAGAAGACGAACAGCAGAAGAUAAGCCAAUCAAAUGUGAAGACAUCUUUAAGCCGCUGCUCGGACAGGACAGAUUCAUCAGAACCGUUCUGACUCAAGGAAUCGCUGGCAUCGGAAAAACCAUCUCUGUGCAGAAAUAUAACCUGGAGUGGGCAGAGGGAAGAGUUAACCAGGAUAUCCAGCUCCUGGUUAAUCUUCCAUUUCGGGAGCUGAAUCUCAUGAAGGAGCACCACUUCACACUGACGCAACUUCUUCAUCAUUUUCUCACAGAAGCAAGAGAAACAGGGAUUUCAGAUUUUGGCAAAUACAAGCUGGUGCUGAUAUUUGAUGGGUUGGACGAGUGUCGGCUUCCCCUGGACUUUGACCACAAUGAGCCCUGCCACAGUGCCUCAGAGCCAACUUCACUGGAUUCACUACUGACGGAUCUGAUCCGGGGGAACCUGCUGCCAUCUGCACACAUCUGGAUUACCUCCAGACCUGCGGCUGCCAAACGCAUCCCGGUCGAUCUCGUCGACCGUGUGACAGAGAUACGAGGGUUCAACGACCCCCAGAAGGACGAGUACUUCAGGAAGAAGAUCCCUGAUGAAAUCAUGGCUGAGAGAGUCAUCUCACAUGUCAAGUCAACCAGGAGCCUCCAUAUAAUGUGUCACAUUCCCGUCUUCAGCUGGAUAUCUGCCACUGUUCUGCAGAGGAUCUUAGAAGAAACAGAAAAGAGGAAAGACGAUGAUGCAGGAGGAGAGAUGCCAAAGACUCUGACACAAAUGUACACGUAUUUCCUGGUUUACAACUUCAUGAUCAGAACACAGAAGUAUUCAGCAGGACACGAUGCCUCUGAAACACAGUCCCAGGUGAAAAUGAACGAAGAAAUGGUCUUGAAGCUUGGAAAACUGGCCUUCGAGCACCUGAUGAAAGGCAACAUGAUCUUCUAUGAGAGCGAACUGAGCGAAUACAACAUCAACGUCACUGAUGCUGCGACAUAUUCAGGAGUGUUCACAGAGAUCUCAGAGCAUGACUUCGGACUUCAUCUGGGGAGGGUCUACUGCUUCGUCCAUCUCAGCAUUCAGGAGUUUUUUGCUGCGAUAUACAUUUUUCACAGAUUCAUCUGCUUCAAUCAGAACGUGCUGGAACCAGGCGAAGCCACCACUGUCCAGGAGGCUCCCAGCAAUGUGUCCAACCUUCUGAAGAGUGCAGUGGAUCAGGCCCUGCAGAGUGAGAACGGACACCUGGAUCUCUUCCUGCGUUUCCUUCUCGGUCUCUCACAAACAUCCAAUCAGACUCUGUUGAAGAGAGUUCUGACCACGAUGAGGAGCAGUUCACCAAGAAACAAGGAAACUGCCGAGUACAUCAAAGAGAAGAUCCAGCAAAAUCCCUCUCCAGAGAGAUGCAUCAAUCUCUUCCACUGCCUCAGUGAGUUGAACGAUCAGUCUCUUGUGGAGGAAAUCCAGAACUACCUGAGCUCUGGGAGUUUGUCAGAGACGCAGCUGUCACCAUCACAGUGGUCUGCUCUUGUCUUUGUGCUGCUGACCUCAAAGGAAGAGUUGGAUGAGUUUGAAUUGAGGAAAUACUCAAGAUCAGAGGAGGGUCUUCUGAAGAUGUUACCAGUGAUCAAAGAAUCCAGAGUGGCCUUGCUUAAAGAAUGUAACCUCACAGAGAAAUGCUGCAGAGAACUUGGAGCCGUUCUGAGCAGCUCAUGUCUGAUGGAGUUGGACCUGAGUGACAAUGAACUGAAAGACUGUGGAGUAGAGCUGCUGUCUGCUGGACUGGCAAGUUCAACAUGUCGGCUGGAAAAACUGAGGCUGCCGUUCUGUGGGAUCACAGAGGUUGGUUGUAGCUUUUUGGCUGCAGCUCUGAGGUCCAACCCCGCCCACCUGAAGGAACUGGACCUGAGUUAUAAUCAUCCAGGCCAACAGGGGACGGAGCUGCUGUCCAGUUUACAGGAGGACAUUGAACAGCUCACUGUCAACUUGAACGACAAUGCAGAGUGCUACUUGAAGUCAGCUCUGAAGAAAUAUGCGCAUGAGUUGACUUUGGAUCAGAAUACUGCCAAUUCACACCUGUCUUUCUCUGAAGACAACAAAAAAGUGAACCUGGUGGAAACAGCUCAGCCUUAUCCAGACAACCCAGAGAGAUUUUCAGAGUGGGCACAAGUUCUGAGUGAAGAGGGUCUUUCCUCUCGGUGCUACUGGGAGGUGGAGUGGACUGGGGAUAAGACAGGUAUAGGUGUGUCUUACAAAGGAAUCAACAGGAAAGCAAAAGGUACUGAAGGUAUCUUUGGCUACAAUAAUCAGUCCUGGAGUUUGCGCUGCUGUCACGGUAAAUACACAGCCUGGCACAACAGCGAUGCAUCCACAGAUAUCCCCCGUGUCCUCGACUCCAAAAGGGUCGGUGUGUUCUUAGACUGGUCAGCUGGCACUCUGUCCUUCUACGCUGUAUCGUCAAACACCAUGACUCAUCUGCACACUUUCCACACUAAAUUCUCUGAGCCGGUGUAUCCAGGCUUCAGACUGAGCUACACAGACUCCUUCUUUAUUCUGUGCCAGCCUGAAUACUGUUAAAUACCCCAAAAUAUUCAGUGCACAUGUUCAUAAAAUAUGAACACAGAAUAAAUGAAGGCUGGGGAAAAAGCUUAUUGUGUAAACAUUUUUUGGAAGAUAAAGGGAUUUUAGGGGGCUUUGUGUCUAACAUGCUAUUUGUUUGUAUUAUCAAUAUUAAGGUUUCCUAUCAAGUCAGAGUUCUGUAGCAGAGCUCUCUCUGGUGGCAAGUCACUCAGAAAGGUCUACUGUACUGCACUUCUAUAUGUCUGCACUUCUAUAUCUGCACUUCUAUAUGUCUGCACUUCUAUAUCUGCACUUCUAUAUGUCUGCACUUCUAUAUCUGCACUUCUAUAUGUCUGCACUUCUAUAUCUGCACUUCUAUAUGUCUGCACUUCUAUAUCUGCACUUAAGUAUAUCUGCACUUCUAGAUCUGCACUUAUAUAUAUCUGCACUUCUAUAUGUCUGCACUUCUAUAUCUGCACUUCUAUAUAUCUGCACUUCUAGAUCUGCACUUCUAGAUCUACACUUAAAUAUAUCUGCACUUAUAGAUCUACACUUAAAUAUAUCUGCACUUCUAUAUGUCUGCACUUCUAUAUCUGCACUUCUAUAUAUCUGCACUUCUAUAUCUGCACUUCUAUAUAUCUGAACUUUUUUAGUCUUCCAAUGACUCAACGUGCUUUUGCACUACGAGACACAUUCGCCCCCUAGUGUGUAGGGUUUAGUGGCAUAUAGCAGUAACGUCGGAUUUCCACUGGAUGUGUGUCCGUUGCGGAACGGCAGCGCUGGUUAUCUGCUGCGUGCUUCGCCGUCCGUCAACACGCACCGGCUGCGUUUGCUGUGCGGAGCGCUGCAGCGCCGAAGGAAGACAUCUGGGUGCACCUCCAUGAUUAACAUCUCCUCAUCCAUGGUGUUCACGGGUUGAAAUGACAUCUGAAAACCUCUGACUUGUUGACUUCAGGCCUGCCUCUGCCCAUUAUGACGUUUUCAAGGUGUAGUGCAGGGAAAUAUGAUCCGCCGUGAACACUGUGUAUUUUAUUUUGAAAAUUAACUGGAUGUUUUAUUUUGUUUCUGUGCACAACUUUCUGCCCCGCACGAUCUGCUCUGUGCUGAAUUGCUGCGUUGUGCUCCGGCGUCCGGCAAAAAUAGAAGUCCUGCGUAUCUGUGGCGGAGGGCUCCGGAGUGCCGCUGCCGUGCCAGAGCGCAGACGCAACCAACACGCAUCUGGUGGAAAUAGGCCGUAAAAAGAGCUGCAGAUGACAACAGACUGAAACUUCUCCCAUGUCGAGCAGGAGAAAUACAGUGGCCAACACAAAAACACAACUCUCCUCGUCUGGAGUCAGUGUUUGGUUUGUCCAAUCAGGGCUACUGGAGAAACAACAUGGUGGGAAAUACAAUCACUCUUAGUGUCAGGUGUUCACACAUGACUGAAAAUAUAGUUAUGAAUAUUAUACAUCUGCUGAUACCUCCCCCUGCAGCGAUUAGCCACAACAUUAAAACCACUGACAGUCAUCAUGUUACAGUAGGUUUCCUUUGGUCCUGACAUUCAUGUGGAUCCCACCUGAGGCUACGCCCACCCAAACACUGUUAGAAUCACUGUCACCUCGACAGCUGUGUCUUUCCAACAAUAUUCAAUAAGCAGUCAAUGUAAAGAUGUAUGGAUUAUACUCUGAAACAAGAGUGACUUGAACGUGUGAAGGAAACAUACACCAAAUAUGAACUUUAUGUUACCAACUAUUUAUUUUGUGAAAUGUUCAUGUUAUUAUCAAUGUUCAUAUUAAACUGUGAUGGACUGACAGAAGUGUGAUCACUGUUACACAGAAAAUAUACAGUAGAAGUGAAACAAGCAGUGAAAUAAAUAAAGAAUUCAUUUCAAACAU